UGGUUUUAAAAGGACUGGCGCCUCGUUUUAUACAGUUUUAGCAAGUGUAGCCCCAUUUUAUUUUUUAUGGUAACAAAAUGGCAAAUCAACCAUUACAUGGUUGUAAUAAGUACAAGAUUUGAGUACUUUGUGAGAAAGUUUAAGUCUAAGAUAACUAAGGCAACCAACAAUACACUACGUUGAAAUUUUAAGUUUAAACUAAAAAUUUCGAAUUGAUAAUCGAAAUCUCUACUUUCAACUCUAAAUUUACCUUAGGUUAGGUUAGGACUUGGUUGCAUUAGGUUUGGUUUGACCGUGUAAACAAAAGAAACUGAACUUAAUGUUUUUAUUUAGCUGGUUGGGAUCAUAAGGUUAAAGUAGGUAAAGACAACACGAAGUAAGUGUCCUUUCUAAAAAUUGCGUUAGGUUGCGUUGGGAUUGGGUUAGGGUAGGUUAGGUUGCGAUUGAAUGGAGAUUUCGAGUUACAAGUCGAAAUUUCAAAUAAAAAUAUGUUUAUCCUUCCACGCUUUCGUAGUUAUCGUAUCGUAUAAAGUGCGCCUUUCGCGUUUUCAAACGGGAGUGACGGGAGUGUUCGGGUGUAUCGUAUAGUACUCGCGCGUUGAGUUUAUCGUAUCGUAAAAGUGUGGCGCUCGGGAUCCGGGAGUGUUCGGGAUUUUUGGGACAUCGUUGUCGUGGCGGGCUUUAGGAUUUUCAACGAUAAGGACUUCCAACUACAAGUAUUUUUCAACGUAUAGAUCGUCUCAGAGGAUACAAACUAAAGAUGUGGGAAAAGGUAGUUCCAUGGGUGGUUGGCUUACUUUUUUUAAUUGAAAUGCACCCUGCCACAUCCCAAGAGGAUUCUUUAAGGAGUGCUUUAAAAGCUGUUAACCGACUCCAAAAAGAUUUAUCAGAUAAUCGUGGCUAUGAAGAUUAUUACUUCACAGAUGAUUAUUAUCCCACACCUUCCGAAAGAAGAAACCUUGAAAGGGAAAUUUUUGGUCAACUACAAAAUGGCGGUGAUUUAAAUAAUGAUAUGCAAAAAUGGGGUAUGAAAAAAAGGUUUUCUUCGUCAUUUAGGGAACGUAUAUUAGAAGAAAACAAUGACGAAGAUAAUAAAAAAUCUUUGUCUGACAUGUUUCUAAAUCAGUUGCAUAGCCGUGAAAAUUUAGCUGAAGAUGAUCCUGAUUAUCCUGAAUUAUUAAAAGAGGUUCUCGAUUCUUAUGGAAACCAGGAAAAUUUCUAUAGAAACGACCGAUACGACAAGCGCUAUUUUCCGUUUGAUUACUAUCCAAAUUUGGGAUACAACAAUGUUGGAAUGAAAAAACGCAGUCGCCCUGAUACUUACAUGUACGUACCAAACUACGAACCCCGUGAAGAUUACGAUCGUUAUGUGGAAACUUUGGAAAUCCCAAGUCAAUACUUGGAUUCUCAGCGAUUCAAAGAACGCAACAAUGCAGAUUUGGUCAACUACCAAAUGAAAAAGCGCUUCAAAGUUUCCAAGAGAAGUAGCCCAGAAAAGAAAUCUACCAAAAAGGAUCUUGUCAAAACAGAUGCCAAAGUAGAAGAGGACUUGAGUAACAUUUUCAUUAAAGCCCACAAAGCCAAACUUCGCGAUAGCCCAAAGAAGCCGACCAAAACAGAAAGUAGUCACAUAAAUCCGAAGGGCGAUCCACACGUUCUAUCAUCAACGGAGAAAAAGACCAAUGAAACUUUAAAAGGGAAACACCAACCGGAUAAAAAGUUAAUUAGUUCUCUCAACAAGGAAACGAUUACUUUGGACUCCAAACAAACUCCGUUGCACAUUGAAAAGAAAUCGAUCAAUUGGUCCGAUUAUUUUGGGAUCGACAAAAGGAAACCAUCGAGUGAUUUGGACAACGAAUGGUUAAUAGAAAGAUAUCAUAAAGCAGUAGCAAUGGCUUCUAAAAGAGAUCCAGACUUGUCCACUUCCAAAAAUGACGAGAAAGAAGCUGAAGCUGUCGAAUUCCUCCACGAUGAUAACAAACAAACCCGCUCUUCAAACAUUAACAUCGAUAAGGUCGAUACAGACUUAAAAGAUGUUGAGGAAUCACUUAUUGAUGAGACGUUGAAAUACACGGGUGCACAUGAAGGCGUAGUCGACUCGAAAGAUGUCCAAAAUGUGAAAGAUAAAGUCAUUUCUCAAUUAGCAGCAGCGUAUAAUUUAGAAAAGAUGAGACAGGCUUUGGGAGAGUACAAAAAUAGCAUUUCCAAGCAAAAGUUUCAGAUGAAACAAACGGACGAUGAAAAGGAGAUUUCAGGGAAUCACCAGCAGGAGUCUGAAGAAAAUGACGAAAGGGCAAGCAUUAAAUGUGCAGAGGACGAUGAGGCUUGUUUGGAAAAAAAUACUUUUAAUCAAGGAUCAUCAUCAUGUUCAAAAAUUCAAAACAUGUGCAAAGAUCAAGCAGUAGAUUUUCUUGGAAUUUACAACCAUUUACUAACCUCGUCUUGCACUUACCAUCAAACCUGUCUCUUAUGUAAUGAAAAUAGUUGGUUUUCACCAACACGCGAGUGCAACCAAUUAUUUUUGGAAAAGGCAAACAGCGUUUGCUUAGGGGAUCAUAUUUGUCAGAGGGUUGCUAGAAACAGUAUUCAACACCUUGUUAACCUUAACAAGGCGGUUGUACUAGAUAGCGAAGAUUGUUCUCAAUACUGUUGGGAACAAUUUACUAAGCCUCACAAACACGCUAAAACAACUUAAAAGAUACUAUGUCUUGAUGAUAAUAAUUUAUUAUAACUUGUGUCAUUGUGAAGAAGAACGGUUUUGUCAGGUUUUUUUUUUUUAAAUUUGAAUGUACCAAUCUUGUUACACAUAGGUGCCUCUAAGAAACCAUUAAAUGUCAAACAGUCACAUUUUAAUUAUUAUUAUUACUGGAGAGGUGCUCUAUUCAAAUCUUUUCUUUUACUUUUUCCAACACAAUCUGGGUAGGUACCACUUAUAAUAAUCAGCAAAAAGCUAUUAAAAUCUAGAAAUGUCACUUUAAAGUAAUCGCUUCAGUAUCCGGUCCUGCUGUUAGCUGAAGAAUGCUUUGAAUGGAAUUAAGUAUAAUAAUACUUACACAAAAACCUACUUUACCAUGAUCUUAAAACUACAUUUGAAUGAAUAACUUUUGGACCGACGAUGAAGACAGUAAAUACUGGACAAUUUUAGCUACUAAAUAUCUUUCAUUAUCUUAAAUUUGUUUGAUAAGGUGACAUGUAUUUCGACAAAAUGGAUUUUUGCUCAAUCGAAGGAAAUGAUUGAUAAUUUCAGCUCCUAUUUAACCAGUUUUCAUCUGAUAUUCUCUUUUUUUUGACUAUGAUACUAUGAACGACAAUAAUCAAUAUCGUCGUGCCUUUUUAAUGUGCUGUUGUGUUCUCUUUGCGAAUUUGGUACUUGUUAAUUUGGAAAAUGAUUUCAACUUUAAAGUAGACGUCUAGAAACUGAAACAGAGCGCGUAAUGUUGUAGCAGUUUUCUUGACAAAUUAUCUACAAAUUAAGAACUAAUAAUUACAUAAAUUAAAUUAAAUCGAACGAAAUGGGCACAUUAAAAAAAACAAAUGGAGCAUUAAACCGGAUCUACUUUUAGAUUUUUGGCAAAAUUCCCAAGCCCUACAUUCAAAAUUGCAUUGCAGCACUGACGAAACUUGCAUGUUAUUUUUUCUUUUUUAGUAACAGACAGAUCUUUAUCUUUGUUCUUUUUAUAGUAGGUAUUAUUAACAUUCUUCUUCACAGUGAAAUUUAAAAUUUAAGCUUACAAAAAGAUAUCUAGUAAUGAUGUUGUUAAAAAAAAAAAUUUAUUGUUGUUAUCCACAAUACUUAGCACUGAUAUGUGUUAACAAAGGGUGGCAACCCUUUUCUAUAAUGUAUGUCUAACAUUUCUUAUGUAUCUGAUUAUUACAAUUUUAUCAUUAGAUCUGACUGAAAAUCACCUAUAAUUUUUUUAAUAAUAGCUGUGGCAUUAAAAAUGAUAAUAAAUC